GUUGUAGUGACCGGUUCCUCGUCGGGCAUCGGAGAGGGAAUCGUUAAACUGUUUUCAAUAUUAGGGGCUAAUGUUGUGGUCACCGGAAGGAAAGCACAGGACGUUCAACGAGUGGCCAAAGAAAUCCAGGAGUUGUCCCCAAAAAAAUUAAAGCCAUUAGAAGUUGUGGGAGAUUUGACCAAAACCUCUGAUAUAAACAAUUUACUCAAUUCUACGGUCAAAACAUUUGGCAAAAUCGAUGUAUUGGUCAAUAACGCCGGUAUAUAUCCAAAGACAAACAUCACUCAAACGGAUGUGUUAUCAGUUUGGGAUCAGAUAUUUGCCGUCGAUUUACGCGCUGUCGUAGAACUCAUCCACCGAUCGGUUCCACAUCUGGAGAAGACUAACGGAACUAUAAUUGACAUUUCUAGUAUUCUCGCAAUAGCACCGGUAAAUUUCUCACUAGCUUACCCAGCGGCCAAAGCAGGUCUGGAUAUGUUGACCAAAAUAUUAGCCCUGGAAUUGGGACCCAAAGGUAUUCGUGUCAAUACUAUUAAUCCGGGUGUCAUUCAUGGCAGAGACCCUCCGAGUCCUUUGGAAGUGUUGGCCCAAAAAUCGGCGCCAUUGGGAAGAGUGGGUCAACCCCUAGACAUCGCCCGUGCGGUCGCAUUCCUGGCCUCCACUGACGCCCACUUUAUUACCGGCGCUAAUGUUGUGGUCGACGGCGGACUCGUAUACAACGCAGGUGUUUUAAACACAUUAAUCGCAGACUAUCCUAUAGAGGACUACAAAGCGGUCGCAAAGUCCCGGGACUUUACGGGGAAAGUGAUUUUAGUGACCGGUUCCUCGUCGGGCAUCGGAGAGGGAAUCGUUAAACUGUUCUCAAUAUUAGGGGCUAAUGUUGUGGUCACCGGAAGGAAAGCACAGGACGUUCAACGAGUGGCCAAAGAGGUGCAAGAGUUGUCACCACUAAAACUAAAACCAUUAGAAGUUGUGGGAGAUUUGACCAAAACUUCUGAUGUAAACAAUUUAAUCGAUUCUACGGUCAAAACGUUUGGCAAAAUCGAUGUGUUGGUCAAUAACGCCGGUAUAUAUCCGCAAACAAACAUCACUCAAACAGAUCUGUUAUCAGUUUGGGAUCAGGUAUUUGGCGUCGAUUUACGCGCUGUCGUAGAACUCAUUCACCGAUCGGUUCCACAUCUGGAGAAAACCAACGGAACUAUUAUUGAUAUUUCUAGUAUUGCCGCAAUUGCACCGACUAAAUUUAUGCUAGCUUAUGCACCGGCCAAAGCAGGUAUGGAUAUGUUGACUCGAAUAUUAGCCCUGGAAUUGGGACCCAAAGGAAUUCGUGUAAAUACUGUU